AUGUUUCGCAAUAGAAAUUUUGAAACCCUGCUUGAAAAAGCCACUAGCCAUUUGUUAAUGGAGCAGGAUUUGGCUUCAACGCUGCAAAUGUGCGAUUUAAUUAGACAAGAUGAUAUACAACCAAAAUUCGCUUUGAACUCUUUGAAAAAGAAACUCAGCUCCGAAAAUCCCCAUACAGCAUUAUACGCGCUGUUGGUUUUGGAGAGUAUGGUAAAAAAUUGCGGCACUGUAUUUCAUGAAGAACUAACUACUAAAGCCUUCUGCGAUUUCCUCCACGAUUUAUCCAAAACCACCCCACACGAAAACGUACGCAAUAAACUUCUGGAACUAAUUCAAACGUGGAAUUUCGCAUUCAGAAAAAAUCCCAAGCAUGGCGCUCUUAAGGACCUCAUGAAUACCAUGAAAUUGGAAGGUCGCAAAUUCCCGGUGCUUAGAGAAUCGGACGCGAUGUUUUCGUCCGAUACAGCUCCCGAAUGGGCCGAUGGGGACGUGUGUCACAGGUGCAGGGUGCAAUUUGGUAUGCUACAGAGAAAGCACCACUGCAGAGCUUGCGGUCAGGUGUUUUGCGGGCUGUGUACCUCCAAGACCUCCACUUUACCCAAAUACGGAAUAGAAAAAGAGGUUAGAGUUUGCGAUGCUUGUUACGAUGAAAUUAUGAAACCUUCAUCGGCAUCGAAGUCCCGGGGUUCGAGCGAAACCGAUUUGCCCGAGGAGUAUUUGAAGAGCUCUUUGGCUCAACAGAAACAAGAUCCUCCCAAAAAAAGCGAGGAAGAACUAAGGGAAGAAGAAGAAUUGCAAUUGGCAUUAGCCUUGAGCCAGUCCGAAGCGGAGGCUAAAGAGAAGGAAAAAAAUCGAUCGACUUCUGCUAUAUAUUCCGUAAAAGCCGAUCCUAUGCAUGUCGAAAGACCCCAGUCUCCGCCUCAACCCCAAGUCGAAUCUAACACGGAAUUGGCCAGAUAUUUGAACAGAUCUUACUGGGCAUCUCUCUCUGGGAAAACCAACGAUCAAAACGAUCGUCCUACGAGCCCAUCGGCUCCCGCCACCGCUCCCAGUCAAAAUAUCGAACCUAAAUACAAAAACAAAGAAAACGGCUUGGGCGAUAACGAUCUAGAAGAUUUCAUGAAGACAUUAAAGGGCCACGUAGAGAUAUUCAUCAACAGGAUGAAAAGUAACUCCAGCAGAGGGAGAUCUAUUGCGAAUGAUACGAGUGUACAAACUCUGUUCAUGAAUAUAACAGCUAUGCAUUCGCGGCUGCUUCAUUACAUUCAAGAGCACGAUGACAGCCGCAUCCAUUACGAGUGUUUGCAGGAUAAAAUGACCCAAGUGAAGGAUGCCAGAGCGGCAUUGGAUGCUCUUCGCGACGAACACAAUGAGAAAUUGAGAAGGGAAGCCGAAGAACAGGAGAGGUUGAGGCAAAUGCAAAUGGCGCACAAGUUGGAGGUUAUGAGGAAGAAGAAACAGGAAUACCUCCAGUACCAAAGGCAAUUGGCGUUGCAAAGGAUUCAAGAGCAGGAGAGGGAAAUGCAGAUGAGACAGGAGCAGCAGAAACAGCAGUAUAUGAUGCCCCAAUAUGGAUUCAUCAACUCUCCUGUGCACGGGCAACCUUUCCCUCCUAACGUAGCACCUCCUAUGGGCAAUUACAAUCCCUAUCCGUUUCCACAGCACAUGAUGUCCUCUCAAAAUGCUCCAAACCAAGUAGGUGUAACUGGAGGUCCCCCUACACAUGGACCUCCUGUAAACUUUCCACAAGGCAUGCCGGUAGGUCCUUCGCACACAAAUAACAAUCCUCAGUUCGUAGGAGUCUCAGCUCCACAUAUGAUGGGAGUAGGUUUACCAAAUAUGCCGGGCAACCAACAGGGGUUGCCGCCUAACGUUGGAUUGCCUCAACAAGGGAUGCCGCCCCAAGGCCAGCCCAAUUUACCGCCCCAACAACAGGGGAUCUCACAACAUCAAGGCAACAUGCCUCCUAACCAAGGGGUUAUGUUACCUCCUCAGGGCGUGCAACAGCAGGGUAUGAUGCCUUUACCGGGAAAUAUCCCUCAAGGCCAGGGGUUGUCGAUGCAGGGACAGGGAAUGCCUCAGUUUCAACAACCUGGAGCGCCUCCUGCUAGUCCUCAGAUCAAAUCUAAUGGGGAAGCACAAACUGCUGAAUUGAUCAGUUUCGAUUAG